AUUGUCUCCUCCCUGAGAUAUAUUGAUUCCCGACUUUACUGAUAUUUUUGACUGUUAUAUGAUCAGGUCGGUGAAAGAUGUCGAGGUAAGUUGUUGAUCUCCCAACCCCCUCACGUGCCGUGAAAUCCACAGUUUCACGGCUUCAUCCUCCACAUCCCCGCGCUUUCCAUAAGCUUACCCCUGUCUAAACUCCACUUCUGCGUAACUAGCGCCGUAGUAGAAGAAGGGGUGCCACUUUCCGGAGCGAAGCUGAGCUGUUUGAAACAACCUUCGACUACUCUUUUACUAACUACAACAAUUUCAUUCAGUUCUUUUCAUUCAAAUCAUCUCGAAUCCAUCAAUAAUAUCAUCCAAUUGCCAAUUAUGGGUGGUGAAACUUUACCAAAGACAGAGCUUAAGAGCUCAUAUCCUCUCAGGUCCGAGGGACCCAAGGGUAAAUUGAUAGCUAAUCUAUACAAAGAUCGAAUUGGCCAAUUCUAUGCCGCUGGACAAUAUGAAGAGAAGAACUUACGAGCGUAUGCCAUCUGAAUUCCCUCGUUUCUUACAUUUGCUAAUUGAUAAUUCUCGAUAGAAUGUUAAACGAAGGAGUCGCAUCUGGGGAACCACAUAUCAAACUUUCGGUCUGGGAUGCUCCGGACCUUACUCGACCUACUUUCAAAGAUGCGACGAGCCACGACUUCAGAUCAACACAUAUUGGUGAAUCGUUUGGUCCUUCGUGGUCAACUCAUUGGUUCAAAGUACAAAUAACCGUGCCUUCAGAGUUUCUGAAAAAGGACCUGUUGGAGUUACAUUGGGAUGCGAAUAAUGAAGGAAUGGUAUGGACGGAGGAUGGCAAUCCUCUUCAGGGAUUGACUGGGGGUGGCGAGAGAGUCGAGUGGAUUCUGCCAGAUAAAUUUCGCGAUGGAAAGGAACAUACAAUUUAUAUUGAGAUGGGUAAGAUACAAACAUUGAUUGAUAUAAUUACCAAUGCUAACGCCAAAUAUAGCAUGCAAUGGAAUGUUUGGUAAUGCCCCUGGUGGAGAUUCCAUUCAACCACCGAAUCCGAAUAAAUAUUUCCAACUUUCAAAAGCUGAGAUUGUCGCUGUAAACGUGGAAGCCCGAGCUUUAUGGAUUGAUAUCUGGGAAAUCAAUGAUGCUGCUAGAGAAUUUCCAUCAGAUUCAUGGGAACAACAUAAGGCAUUGAGGGUUGCAAAUGAAAUAAUUGAUGCCUUUGAGUUGGGAAACCAAGAAUCGAUCCUUAAAGGCCGAAAAAUCGCACAAGAAUAUCUGGGCGAGAAUGUCAACUCAUCUAAGGUCUAUGAGACUGGCACAACGCCUAUCGUUUAUGGUAUCGGUCACUGCCAUAUUGAUACCUGUUGGCUUUGGCCAUGGGCCGAGACUAAAAGAAAGGUUGCCAGAUCCUGGUCGAAUCAAUGUGAUCUUAUGGACCGUUAUCCUGAGCAUCGAUUUGCUGUCUCUCAGGCUCAGCAGUAUAAGUGGUUGAAGGAGUAUUAUCCUUAUGUGUUUGAUCGAGUUAAGGAAAAGGUUAAACAAGGAAAAUUCCAACCUGUCGGAGGCAGCUGGGUCGAGCACGACACUAACUUACCCAGUGGCGAGUCUCUUGUGCGCCAGUUCUUGUAUGGCCAAAGAUUCUUCGAAAGCAAUUUCGGAGAGAGAUCUAAGACAUUUUGGCUACCAGACACAUUUGGUUAUUCAAGCCAACUUCCUCAGCUGUGCCGUCUUGCGGGAAUGAAACGUUUCUUUACUCAGAAGCUUAGCUGGAACAACAUCAACAAUUUUCCACACACCACAUUCAACUGGGUAUCUCUAGAUGGUAGCCAAGUCAUUUGUCAUAUGGCGCCUUCCGAAACAUACACCGCAAAUGCUGAUUUUGGUGAUGUAAGAAGAUCAGUGACCCAGCACAAAUCUAUGGAUCAAGACGAGACCUCACUUCUUGUUUUUGGAAAAGGCGAUGGUGGUGGAGGACCAACUUGGCAGAUGAUUGAGAAGCUCAGACGUCUUCGUGGAAUGAGUGAUACUGUUGGACUUCUUCCAAGAGUUCAUAUGGGUGACUCUGUGGAUGAUUUCUUUGACCGCCUAGAGAAGAAGGUUUCCGAGGGUCAAGAUUUGGUGACCUGGUAUGGUGAAUUGUACUUCGAGCUUCACCGUGGAACCUACACGUAAGUUUUCUUCUAUUUGACAGUUACAAUAUUACAUUUUAUUCUGACAUCUUCCAGGACCCAAGCGAACAAUAAGCGCAACAACAGAAAUUCGGAGAUCAUGCUGCACAAUAUUGAACUUCUCUCAACAAUUGCAAGUCUUAAAAGUAAGGACUUUAAAUAUCCUAAAGAAGAUAUCGAUUUUAUGUGGGAGGCUGUAUUGUUGUGUCAGUUCCAUGACUGCCUGCCAGGAUCUUCUAUUGAAAUGUGUUACGAUGACAGUGAUGAGGUAGGUGAACUGCACUUAGUUUAAGAUUUGUACAUACUGACGCGCAACAGCUAUAUGCAAAAGUAUUCAAGGCUGGUGAAAAGAUUCUCAAAGAGCUCUACAAGACCCUAGGCGUACUGGAAGCCGAAGAGUCAUCCGAGGAUGGUAAAAUUGUGGCCCUUAACACCAUGCCAUGGCACAGAAGAGAGAUCGUUCCGCUUGGUAAUAACACUGCCGGAGUUGCUUGUGGACAAGGUAAUCUCUUGAACAUCAAGACUUUCAAGAUUGCCGAAACACCAGAAGUUACCGUCAAGGAAGUCAGGAGAGGUGUUUUCGUGUUACAAAAUGAUCAACUCAAAGUCGAGGUCGAGGGCGGUGUUAUCACAUCUCUGUAUGACCGACAAGCAGAAAGAGAAGUCGUGGCCAAAGGAGGCAAAGCUAACCAGCUUGUUAUAUUCGAUGAUAAACCACUUUAUUGGCAAGCUUGGGAUGUGGAAGUUUUCCACUUAAACUCUCGCAAGGAAUUACCUCCAGGAGACACCAAGAUUGUUCAAAGUGAUGCCCACAGAGUUAGUGUCAUGACCGAGACAAAAAUUAGCGAAGAGAGCUGGGUGAGGACUCAUAUUAGUCUAUCCGCCGCUUUCAAGGGUCAACAGUCUUAUGUUGAAAUGGAAAGCGAGGUUGAAUGGAGGGAGAGUAUGAAAUUCCUCAAAGUCGAAUUUCCUGUCGACGUUCGAAACACCGAAGCAUCCUACGAGACACAGUUUGGUAUCAUUAAGAGACCUACUCACUAUAACACUACGUAAGUUUGACUUCUCUAUAUCCUGAGGAUUAUAUAGCUAACUACAGACAGCUGGGAUAUGGCCAAGUUUGAAGUAUGCUGUCACAAAUUCGCCGAUCUUUCAGAGAAUGGAUAUGGUGUUUCCAUUUUGAACGACAGCAAAUAUGGUUUUGCUACUUCUGGAAAUAUGAUGCGCUUGUCAUUGCUUAGAGCUCCUAAAGCUCCGGAUGCACAUGCAGAUAUGGGUCGUCAUCACAUUCGUUGGGCUAUUUUACCCCAUCAAGGAGCUCUUGGCUCAACUACUGUUCGUACGGCAUUCAACUUUAACAACCCAUUGAAGGUCUGCAAAGCUUCGAAAGAUACUCAUGCCAGCGCAUUUGAAAGCCCAAUCAAACUUACCGGAGAUCCAUCAUUGAUCCUAGAUACUGUUAAGCGUGGUGAAGAUGAUGAGGAUGUCAGCCGUGGUGAAUUGAGGAAGAGGAAGGGACAAAGUGUUAUUUUGAGAAUCUAUGAUAGUUUGGGUGGAACUAGCAAGGGCACGAUUGAGACGACGCUGGAUGUGAAGAGGGUCUGGAAGACCAAUGUCUUGGAAGAUGAUGAGGAAGAACUUAAGAUUAAGGAAGGCAAAGUUGAUAUCACUUUGAAGCCUUUUGAGGUUGGCACGUACAGAUUGCAGUUGUAGGUUUGGAGUCGGAUUUAUGAAGUUAUGAGAGAUAUUAAGGUGGGGGAAUAAGGAUGGGAAUGACGGAGAGAAUGAUCGAUUUGUCACGUAGAUGUCAUGAUAGCCUUUUCUCUUAGUAUAUCAAUAUCGCAGCGCAUUUUACAGAUUG